CACACACCACCAGUCAUACAGCAGCCAAGCAGCAGAGGAGGAGGAAACGGACGAUCGCAGCCAUAAGAAGAAUCUCAUCAUCAUUAUUUUUAUUUUAUUUAUUUAGUUAUUUAUUUAUUUAUUUAUUGCCUUUGGAGGAGUAAACACGUUUUGCGUCAUUACGAGCCGCGCGCGCAUUCCUCCGCAGGAUUUGCGCAUCUGUAACUGUAAAUCAUUCGCGGCUCUAAUGUGAUUUUAUAAUCCCGCUCAGCAGAAAGCGUUCACAGUCAUGCGCGAGUAGCGUUCUUUUAAUUAUUUUUUUAAUCUAAAUAAAUUUAAAAAAAAUAGAAAUCAGGAAGAGCAGCUUCUUCAAACCUGAAUCCAGAAACAUGGACGCGUGCCUGAGAAGACUCAAGCAAGAACUGCUGUCAAUGAGAGAAGCUGGAGAUGGCCUCCAUGCUCAGAUGAACUCAAUGAUGGGAGCUCUCCAAGAACUCAAGCUCCUCCAGGUCCAGACGGCGCUCGAAAGCCUCGACAUAUCAGGGCGGCCCAUAAACCGGGGGAUGCCGCAGUCUGCUCCAGUCGCUCCCCUGAACUCGUCGGCUGCGGCAGCUUCCGUGUCGACACAAGAAAACAAGUUCUGCAUCACACAGACCGUCCCAGAGAGGUCCAGCCCAAGUUCCAUGCAGAGUCCAAGGCUGUCGAUAGAGAGCAGAAACUCUUUAAGCAGAGACGAUCGUACUUCAUCGCAAAACAGGAGCAGCCUGGGGACCUUAUCAUCCUCAGCCUCCAGUCUGGAGAGUGAAAGUGAGAGUGAAAGUGAAGGAAGUGAAAGAAGCACAAGAGGUGAGAAUGAGACGGAGCCAAGACCCAAGAGGUGGUCAGGAUACAACGCCCCUCAGGUAGACUUCUACGGACCAAUGGUGGGAAACCCUCCACCAGAACCACACCCUCAUCCUCCACCUCGUGCACAAGUGGUGGACCUGCCCGGGAUCCUGUACAGCCUCUCUAGAGAGGGCCCGUCCUUGGACAGUGACUACUCCCAGGACAGUGCAGACGACGCCAGCGACUGGACCUCGUCCCUCAUGAGCCGCAGCCGCAACCGCCAGCCCUUGGUGCUGGGGGAUAACGUGUUCGCAGACCUCGUGGGCAACUGGCUGGACCUGCCCGAGGUGGAGCGAGAGGAAGGAGAAGAAAGGGAAAGGAGGAAGAGGAGAGAGGAGAGGACAGCGGACAGACCGGACACGCCGGCGCACCCGCUCCGCCUCAGCCGCUCCCAGGAGCUCUGCAGGAAGUUCUCGCUCACCACGAACAUCUUCAAGAAGUUUCUGCGCAGUGUCCGGCCCGACAGGGACAAGCUUCUCAAGGAGAGGCCCGGCUGGAUGGCCCCCGAGCUGCCAGAAGGCGACCUUUUUAAAAGACCAAAGAAAGCAGCCCCUAAAAGCUCCAAAGGCGGUUUUUACCUGCCGUUCUGGGCAAACGGACAGCACUGCAAAGGCCGACCAUGUCUGCAUCUCGCGUCGGCCGACAGUAAACACUUCCACCGCCAACAUCCCGAUCAACCCUUCCCCCAGUUCCACCAGUUCCACCAGCAACCCUUUACAGGACUUUAUUUAGACAGGAGGCAGCCCGAGACGGACCUGGAGAAAAUGCAACCCUUGUUUGACUACAACACAGCUGUGUGGGUUUAACAGUGAGUCUCCAGUCAACAGGCUGCCACUGUUGCCAGACUGACAAGUGCUGCGGUCAGUGACGGCUGGGACGGGAAGGAAUAAAUGAGUGGAUUGAAAGAGAGGUACAAAUGUCUUUGUGUGAUAAACACCACAACUGUAACUUUUUCCUCCUAACUGAGAUCAUCAGGGCUACAUUUUGUACGACAAUCUGACAACCGAACUUGUUUUCUGUAAGUGGAUGCAUGUCUGAGAUUUCUGUUUUUGUUUUUUGUUUUCAUUACUCAUAUAUUUACAUGUGUGCUUGUAUGACUGGAUCGCCUGGUUGUCUUAAAAGAUGGUACUUCAAAAUAGACACAGUCAUCAGAAUGUCACCAUAAUCACAAAACUUUAUAUAAGAAAAAAAACACAGACGUUUUUACAGAACAUGACUUACACGUCUUGCUUCUUUACAUCUAAGAAUAGCAACACCAAGUGUUAAAUUGCACGGUUGUGUUUUUUUUAAGUGAGGCAACAAACAGCUGUUACUGGACACACUGCCACUAACGAGUCCUAAGCUCCAUUUGGUAUAAAUCAGGUUUAACCGGACUCAUCUCGUUCAUCUCGCUCAGGAAAAGAGCAACAGGAGUAAACAAAUUGCCGCCAUGUUUAAAUGAGGUUUAGUGAAGUCUUCUCACUCAAAGUGACAUAACAGCAAUAAGACUGCUCCUGAUGAACGGUUGUGUUUUUGCUUCUUUUCUUGUCUGCCGUGCAAAAAGACAACUGGAAGUCUUCUUGGGGUGAAAGGGAAGGGGGGUAAACAUGGCACUGCCAAUUUUCUGUACUGCCUAACCGACAGCCAUCUGGUACCAUGUUGUUACCAAAAAAACCUGUUUAAAGCUUGUUUAGUUCCAAAGAUUUGUGAACCGACCGAUGACGAUGUGUCGUGCAGUAUACACACAGCUGAAUAUGUUUUUAACACAAGUGGGGAAAAAAAUCGGAGCUGUGGACAUAUGUCAUCAACCAAACAGCAGCAAUAAGAAGCAUCUACUAAUGUCCCGUUGCAUGAUUUUCAUUAUUCUGCACAAAUAAACAUGACAAAUAGAAGCAGUUUCUAAUAUUACUUGUAAAAACCAAAAAAAAUGCCACACUUGUACUUACAGUAUGUUUUCUUGUAUCAAUUACAGACUCACACAAACUCUCUCAGGAUUACAGAAUAUACUGCCUGCUCUCACUCAAAACACUUAGAAUGAAGGACCACUGUUAUGCAAGGACAAUCUGAUGCUCUUAUUACUUAUAUAUAUAAAAAAAGGAUAAUUUUACUGUUUCAAACUUGAUAUCUGACCAACUAACAACCAGCAGGGAUUAGACCUCAGAGGUCCUUUUGGGAGUCUUGGCCAGCCGAUCCACAUGGUAUCGUCCCAGUUUUCAGGUCAACACAUUCUGCACAUUCAGAGGGUCCAACACACACACACACACACACACACACACACACACACACACACACACACACACACACACACACACACACACACACACACACACACACACACACACACAACUUCUGCUGACACAGCCGUGCCAUAAGGCGCAAUCUGAGAUGUCAUAUCUUUCUGUACGUGUUUGUUAAUAGAACUUUUAUUUCUUCCAGUUAAAACUUUCUUGAGUUUAAUGGUUUUUUUAUCAGGGUUUUGUGAUGCUUUAGUAGUGAUUAUGUGUCCUGUGCACUGUAAAACUGUUACUGGCUUUUAUCAAAUUAAAUCUAUUUACAGAAAGAA